AUCAUAUCUACUGCAACGGACCCUUAUAUACCAUUGCAAUAGAUUGAGCUAAUACAACGGCAACAAGAGCUAACACAACGGCUGCUAAACUUUUAAUAUUUUUUUCUUUCCCUCCAUACUUUAUACCCAAAAUUUUGAAAUUCUAAAUUAAAGUGUCCAAAUAUUUUAACCCCCGCGGUUUUCUUAUCUCCAAAUUAAAAAAAACUCCAAAUUCCCCGUCUUCAAUUCAUAUGGUUAGGGAUUCCUCCAAUUUUGCAACCUGCCUCCUCCAUCCUCGAGAACCCGUUAUCCAUUGAAGUCCAUUGAAGCAGUACUCUGAAUCCUUUCCUCUCUGGUCCAAUGAAGCAGUACUCUAAAUCCUUUCCAUUCAAGUUGUAUUUUGAAUUCUCCAUUGAAGCCGUACAUUAAGCUCUUCCCUGAAACGACUUUUGAGCCUUUUGUUCUCCAUUGAAUCAGCUUCUCGGGUAAAUUGUAUUUUUUUUCUUUUAAAUCAUCAACGACUAUCGAUUUUACAAUCUAGGGUUUGCCUCUUGGCUUUUGUUUUAUUUUCAUAUUUUUGAUUUUAGGUAAUUGAUUUGUAAAAAAAGGAUUUGUAAUUGAUUUGUAAAAAUUAAUGAAGUGUUUGUCAAUGUUCAAGGAAGAUUUCAGCCUGAUUUUGCAAUUCCGAUCCCUUGGAAUUUGAUUUUGCGAAGCUUUGGAAAUAGUUUGAUAGUGUUAUUGGUUUUAGCUCUUAAAUUAGUUGUUGCUACACCUCUAUACUUGAUACUGUUUUGCUUGCUGGUGGUGGUUCUGGUGCUGAUGCUUGUGUUUAUGGGUUGUUGUUGCUGCCUGUUUCUUGUUGUACAAGUGCUGGUGUGUUGCUGGUUUUUGGUUGGCUGCUGCUAGUUUUUGUUGGGUGAUGCGAGUACUAUGGUGGUGUUGCUGGGCUCUCCUGCUGCCUUGAGUCUGUUUCUGUUUGGAGCUGCUGCCACCUUCUUUGUGUUGCUUUUGGGGUGGCUCUUGCUGUUGGGCUGGGAACUCCUCAAGCUUAAAGUGUUUAUGUGCUCGAAGAAAUCUGGAAAGGGAGGAAACAGGUUCUGGAAGAGCAUCGGUUUGGGUUUCAAGAGUCCCAAAGAAGCUAUCGAAGGUUCUUUCUUUUCUUUUUUUAGGUUGAUUCUUAUAUGUAUUUGGAUUAAUAUUUUUAAUACAAGUUAAUAUGUUAGUUUAUAGAUAGAUUCACAUUUUGCAUUUUAUUUAUAAUUGGAUACACCUCUAUUUUGAAUUGGAUACACAUCUUCAAGUUGUUGCUGUUCCGAUGUAAAUGAUAUUCCAUUGGUUGUCUAAAUAUGAAACGAAGCAAAUUUCGUAGAGGCAUGUUCAGUGGUUAAGUUCUAUUCUUACUCUGUGAAUUCUUGUUAAAAAUUUAAGCCAUUUUACUCCAUUAUUUUGUUCUGUAGUUUUAUUCAUAUAUUGAUUUUACUUAGUUCUCUGUAUUUGUGAAUUAUUUUUCAGAAUCUUGUUUUUUGAGUUAUGUUGUGAUUUGUCCUAACUUCUUGAUUAAUAAUAUUAAGUCGAAUAAAUAUUGUUGGCGCUUGAUGCGUAUAUUAUUGUGGAUCUUCAGUACCAGAAUUAUAGUCAUAGCAAUCCUAUUAUACUAUCAUACAAAAUCUGCAUCCAACUCUGAAGGACAAUAUAGAUGCCAACUUGCCAAGUAGCACUGAUUAGACUUGUGUACAAAUGACUACAACUACAACUUGGUAUAAUGACUAACUGAUCUGACUAUACACCUCAUUGAGUUUCUUGUCUGAUCAUGUUAAGAUGAGCUAAAACUGAAUUUAGAGAUAUAAUCCAAUCUAUAGCGUCUUUGUUGCUUGUCUCUUGAAACACUUGUUUAUUUUGAGAAAAAAAAAAUGAUUUGUAGGGUUGUAUUAUUUUAUCAUACUACGCUACUAAUAUAAGUGAAUUUGCAGAUUCAGUACAAUAUGCAUGUCUUUGUUGCUUGUUCCCAUGAAACUCUCACCUUCUUUUUUGAAAAAGGCAGGAAGACCAUUUUGGAUUGUCCAAUUUGAUCAGUGAGUUUAAGCUGAAUUUAUGGUUUAUGACUGCUUCACAGCUGGCGAAUCCUGAUUCCAAGAGGAGACCACUGAGAUGGAAACCUGCUGCUAGAAGGUCAGUGAACAAAGUGCAGGAAAAGAAAAAACCUAUUCCUCAACGUAGAAAGGUUGAUUCUAGUCAGAAAGAAACUCAGAAGGCACGCAAAGAUUGUUGCAAAACUGCUUUGGAUUUAGCUAGCCAUGACGAAAAUCUCUGUUCAUUUCCAACAAAGGCAGAUGAUGAAGAGCUUGAGCUAAGGGAGCUCCAAGCUGGACCAAAUCCACUAACGUGUGGUGCUCAUUUUGCUAAUGGUGGGAAGACUGGAAAUUAUGGCUGUUCUCUUUGCAAAGGUCUUCUGCCUAAGUUCCCCCCUGAAUCUGUUAGAAUGAGAAAGUCGUUCCAUAUGCAACCUUGGAACUCUUCCUUGGAGCUUGAGAAGAAACUUUUUAAGGAGGUGGAUAAUAUUGAAGUUGAAGAAGAUGCUUCAUGAAUUACUUUACGAGAAAUUGGAGAAACAGGAGAAAGAAAUGAUAAUGCGGUCCAAAGAAUUGCCGAAAAUUUUGUUUGGCGGACAAAUUGAUUUAGUUUUAACUUUUAAUUAUUAUUUUUUUAGUUUAACUAGUGAUAAUUUACUUUGUAAUUUUCCUUAACGAUAAUAAUGUACAAACUUUGAAUUCAUAUUAAUCAAAUUCUAAUCUUUUUUUU